AUGAAGGUAAGAGUGUCUCCCAGCUCCAACCAUUCCGUAGUUUUUGUUAAAUCCGCCGAGAAAGCAUCAAUUGAACACGAUAAUGAAAUUCAUUUGAAAUCUGUGUCACGUGAAUCAUCUUCCAGUAAAAAGGAACAAUCAUCGUCAAAAAUAAUAACAAUUUGUACAAUGUGUGGUCGAUUUAAAGGCUUUCGAGUACGUCGUAAUCGAUUUAUUUCAUUAUGCACUGCUAUUUCCUUAUUGCUUAUUGGAAUUGUAAUAAUAAUUGUAUUUUAUGCAAUCGUUCCAGCCAUUGUUAAGUCAACUAUUGAAAAAGCUGAAUUAUCAUUUCGUUCAGUUAAUAUUGGAGACAUUGGAAAUAAUGGUUUUCGUCUACGAGCUCAACUUGAAUUAUCACGUACCGGUUCAAUUCCUGCUAAAAUACUACCACCACUUAUUAUCAAUGUUGAUAAUGUUGGAACUGUAAGAAAUGAUGACACGAUUAGUAUUGUUGGUGAUCCUAAUCGUCCUACUAUAGUUCCAAUUGAUUCACCGUUUAAUGUUUCUAAUUUAGCAGCUUUUCACAGAUUUACUCGUUCUCUUAUUUUUGAACCACAUGUUAUAUGGCAUCUAACAGCAAAAGCAUCUGUACAACCUAUUUCGGGUGGGAUGCCUGUAUAUUCGAAUAUUCCGUUCGAUAAAAAAGUAAAACUCAAUGCUUUAAAUAGUCUUCAGAAUGUAAAAAUUAAAUCAAUAAAUCUUCGUCGAUCAGACAAAGAACGAAUAUUUGCUGAUAUCGUUAUUGAAAUUCCAAAUCCAUCAUUAUUUAAUAUUGAUCUUGGUGAAUUAAAAUUCUCACUUCGCUAUAAUAGCUUGUCUAUUGGUUAUGUUGAAACUAUAGACAAAAAUACAACUCUUCGUUCAGGUGUAAAUGCAAUUCCAUUUUCUGGUGAGCUAAAAUCGGAUUCUUCCGCAUCGUAUAGUGCACUUUCUAAUGUUAUACAAAAUUUUCUUACUGGAAAAACAAGUCAAGUCGAAGCACUAGCUGGUCCAAAUGCAACUUCAUAUUCUUUACUAGCAGCUGGUAUGGAAGGUCUCAUAUUGGGCGUUCAAAUGCCUCCAUUUGAUGAACAACUUAUUUCUUCAUUAAUAUUUACAUCUAUGUCUCUUGUUCCAUCGACGGAUGAGAGAAAAGUAACACUCUCAGCUUCUAUUACUAUUGAAAUUAAUUCACCACUUGGAGAUGAAUCUCCACUAAACAUUGAAUCAAUGGAUAUGAGUGUUUUUCUUUUCUAUGAAAAUAAUCCUGUUGGUAAACUUGAUAUUUCUCAAAUACCAGUUAAACCACUCGAUAAAACCAGAUAUGAAACACAAUUUUAUGAUAAAAGUUUAAUACUUAGCGAUACGGGUAAAGUUUAUGAAAAAUUUGCUCAAAAUUUCAUCAAUGCUAAUGAGCUUAAUCCAAUUAAUUUUCGUAUUGUUGGUUUGGCAUCGAUUACUGGUUCCUUUGCUCUUGGUCCAUUGAAUAUUAAUGGAAUAGUUGUCAAUAAUAGUGUAUCAUUAGUUGGUCUUUCAGGUCUUAAUGAUGUUCAAGUUUAUGAUAUUUUUGUCAAUGGUGAAGCAGACAACGCUCUUCAACUUUCUUUCAAUGUGAAAAUUGGAAACCCCGGUGUAACUGAUGUUCUUCUACAAAAUUUUACACUUUAUAUGGCUGAUGGUAUAAGUGGAACAGUUCUUGGCCGAGUACCUAUCGAUGUAUUAUCUCUGAAACCAGGAAGCAAUAACAUGACACUUAAUGGAUUACUUGCACCAUUAAAUGAACAAGCUUUGCCUGAUGUUGGUAAAUUUUUUUCUUCUUAUCUCAAUGGUCAAACACAAUCGGUAAAACUUUUUCAUGAAUCAGCUAUUAUUGAUGAAACUACUACUGCUAUUGAUUUAACAAUAAGUGAUCUAUCAAUGAAAGCAGAUCUUAACGGUAUAGAAACACAAUUAAUUCGACGAGUUGAAGUUCUUAAUUUUGGUAUUGAAUUUGAUCCAAAUCUUAUCAAUAAAGUUUAUAUUACUGGUCAACUAUCUGUUUUAUUUGAAUUACCAUCAAAUGUCAAUAUGAAAUUUAAAGCAUUAACAACAAGUAUUGAUUACAUGAUGCGCUUUAAUGAUGUAGCAAAUAUGGGCCAAAUGAUUCUUCAUGAUAUACCUGUUGAACAUAAUCAAAUAACUAAUGAACUUUUAAUGACUUUUGAGAAACAAGAAUUAGUCGUUCUUGAUGAAAGAACUUUUCAAGAAUUUGCUGCUAAUCUUGUUCUAACAAAUAAUGUAUCGGUUAUGAUUGAAGGUUUAGCUGCAGCACAGGCUGAAAUUCGAAUAGGAAAUGUUACUUUAACUGAUAUUCCUGUUAACGAUACUCUUCAUCUUGUUGGUUAUAAUCAAUUUGAUAAUGGUCUUCUUAAUAUCGAUGAAAUUGAUAUAACUCAAGCGUUAUCAUCUCAUGAACUUUCUCUUAAUGUAAAAACUAAAAUCAAUAAUCCUUCUGUUGUUUAUAUAAUUAAUGGUGGUAGUCUUUCACUUGAUUUAUGUGAACUAACAAGUGGAAUAUCACUUGGUUUAGUUAUAAUCGAUCCAUUUUAUCUUGAAACAAAAGAGAAUAGUACACUACUCAAUGCAAAGGGAAGUUUUAUCAUAACUCAACAAAAUUCUGCCUUAGCCGAACAAUUUAUUUCACGUAUGGUCUCUGGCUUGGAUAGUGAUGUAGAAUUACGUGGUCUAUUACCAAACAAUAGUCCUACUUCUUUUUUUUUCAAUACCGUCUCGUUUCUCCACGAUUAUAGUGUUGUAGUCAAUGAAGAAGUGCAAGUUGGCAUUGUCGCUGAUAAUUCAAAUAUUAUCAUUGGUCCUUAUGAAGAAAUCGUCACGCCUAAUAUAGAUGUUAGAAUUACAGCUAAAUUAACAACCAUGAUUUCACUUUUGGCUCCUCUAUUAGCAGGUAGCAUUCAUUUGUCUUUAUCAGGUUUUAUUAAUGUUACAAUUGAUAAUCAACUUAAUCUGAUUCAGCUUCCAAUUACACUACUUGACAUAUCAAGCACUCAAGAUUGA